UCCGUGCUUUUUAUUGUGCCGGAAGUACGGGAUGCGUGUCACUCUAUACCCGUUUCUAUCUCUGCGGCUGAGUCGGCGUCUCUUAGCAACGAAAUGGACGCCGACGCGGCCGACGCCUGAGGGAGGCGAGCUAUUGCGGCGGCGCUGAAGCUCGUCUAAGGGAGCCUGGCAUGUCGAAGUUAAGCAAAAAGAAGGAGCCGGUGAAGAGCAACAACGUUCUCCAGACGCCCUUCCCCGCUAAAGACCUUUGGGGUAUUACUGGAUCAGUCUCUAGUGUAAACCCUCAAGGUCCUUUGGGUGAGUCUAGGAAACCAAGAUUUCCGAUCUGGCCAGAAUGGAAUGAAGCAGAUAUCAAUAUAGAGAAGUGGGAUGCAGGAAAAGGUGCAAAGGAAAAAGAUAAAGCUGGAAGAAGUCCUAUUUUACAUGUCUUUGAAGAUCCAGAAGGAAAAAUUGAAUUGCCCCCUUCUUUAAAAGUGAGUUUCUGGAGAAGGCCACAAGAAUUCUUAGUCACUAAGGUGCCUGUGGUAGUGAAAAAUGAAACAUGGUUUGACCUUUUUUCAGCCAAUGAACAUAUAAUGGGCAGUGAGCUGAUAAGAUGGAUAAUAAGUGAAAUCUAUGCAGUCUGGAAAUUGUAUAAUACACCUGCUUUAAGUCCUGAUCCUAAAGCUAAUGCAAAUGAAGCACCUCAGCUUUUGUGGAAGCCAUGGGAACAUAUAUAUUCAUUAUGUAAAGCUAUCAAGGGACAUAUGCCAUUGUACAAUAGCUAUGGAAAAUAUGUGGUAAAGCUUUAUUGGAUGGGGAGCUGGCGAAAGAUCAUUGUGGAUGACAGCAUACCUUUCAAUGAAGACAAUGAUAUGCUGCUUCCAGUAACAACAUGUGAAAUUGAACUUUGGCCAUUGAUAUUAUCCAAAGCCAUAAUUAAACUAGCAAACAAUGACAUAAAUGAUGUAGGAAAAAGGGAGCUGGGGGAAUUCACAGUUCUACAUGCACUUACUGGAUGGAUACCAGAAAUUAUUCCUCUCCAAUCUGGAUAUUUGGAUAAAGUUUGGGAAUUCUUAAGAGAGACAUUGCCAGAAUUUAAGUUACCAGAAGAAUCCGUUCCUGAACUUAAGAUGUCACUUCAAGACACUAAAAAAGAUCUAAAAUCAUCUGACAUUAAAAAUGAUGCCGUACCUACUGUUAAGCCACCAGAGAAGGUAGAGAAACCUGAAAAAACUGCCAAAGAGAAGCAAGAUCAAAAAGAUGUUGGAAAGAAGAGAAGCAAAGAUGGUGAAAGGGAUAAAUUUAGGCCAGGGCCUCAUUCUGGACGCGUGUCUUCUGACUUUCAAAAUUCUCUCCAGCUGUUUCUUGAUGGUUCUGCAACACCACUGCAACCACAGAUGGUGGUAUAUGCUUGCUAUAUGCCUCUUUAUGUGUCUGAAAGAAAGAUAUUUGUCUUAGGGAAAAUGGCUGAUUCAUCUGAGCAGUUGCGGCAAUAUGGUCUUUCCCACAUAUACAGUCACCCUGCACUGCUAACCAGAACAAGGUCCGGUCCCCUGGUAGCCCCUCCCAAACCACCACCUAUUCCUCGUUGGAAACUUAUCCGCCAGAAAAAAGAAACAAUUGUGACUGAUGAACCCCAAGAACCUGUCAUUAAAAAGCCAGAACAAUUCAUUGAACUUGCUAGCCCGUUUCUGAGCUAUAGACUUUCUCCAAUACCAAUACCAAGAGACACCCAUUUCCCACCUUCUACAUUCAAAAAGGGAUCUCUUCCAGCAUCCAGUCUUCCUGCUGUCACUGAAAAUGAUGAAAGCAUAAUUGACUCUUCUGGAGAUUCAAAUUUAACAAGUACAGAAGAAAUUUCUCAGGAAUCUACUUUAGCUGCACCACAUACUAUGGAAGGAUCCACCAAAGGGGAAUCGACUGAAAAAAUAAGUAGUGAAGCAGCUCCAAUGCCAGAAUCAACAGAACCUGCUAAUAACCAGUUAGGAAAUAAAUCUCAGGAAGAGAUAGAAUCAGAAAAGAGCCCUAUCUCCAAGGAAAUAUGGAUGGACUAUGAAGAUUUCUGUGUUAGUUUUCAGAAUUUGUAUGUCUUCCACAAGCCAAAUACCUAUAGCUACACCUAUCAGAAGUCAGAUUUUAGAAUGGUGGACGAUCGUAUUGUAUAUUAUUUAUCUGUAGAUAGUUUGAAGCCUACUGAUAUCCUGGUUAGCUUUUCUGCAUUAGUACACUGGGGGGAAUCAGGAGCAAGUGCACAAAAAGAAGGCCAUGUUUUGCCCAAGGGAUUACUCAUGGUUGAAAAAUUCUCAUGGAAAAAUUUGGCGCCAGGACAAUUAAUCCUGAAGAUCCAUACAUAUGCCACUAAAGCUGCUGUGAUAAGUCUUCCUGCUGGGCGCCAUGUGUUACUCUUCACUGCGAACUCCCCUGUAGGGCACCAUAUCCAUCUUUGUAGCAUGGUCCCAUGUGUGUUUGGUGAAGAGGAUAUUGUCCUGCCAAAUCUUGAAAAGGAAAGCUAUCGGUUCAUAGAACAAGCCACCACUAUCAUGAAAGCCAUUGGAAAUGUGAUACUGAAUUUUGGAAAUGCAGAAAACCUUCCCGCAGCCAUAAAGACACUGGAAGCAACACAUUGUCCUCCUGGCCUCUGUGCUCCAGGAACAACUAGAGAACACUUUAAGGCUUUCAAUAAUGCUUUUUGGCAUUUGAUAAAACAGACAUUGGGGAAUGUUCCUCUCAACUAUAAAUUUGCUUACAGAUGUUUCACCUUGGAUUUUAAAGACAGUGAUGUGUCUGUUGAAGACACAGACUCUUCAGAGCUGACAGAUGUUUCUGCUUGGCAAAGCAAAGAUCCCACACCUGAAGAGGAGAAAGUUGCACUUAAACUGCAGGCUGCCUGGAAAGGGUCUUAUGUGCGGUUACUAAUGAAUGGCAGAAAACCAGGUACUAAGGAGAAUACUAAAGUCAAAGACACACUUCAAAAGUUGUGGGCUCUAAUAGAGCCAAAUUUUGAACAAUGUUCUUUGACAUUUUUGAGAGAUAUGUUCAAAAGUAAAUGUAAGUCACUUGAAAAAUACCGUUGUGCUGAAGAUGAGUGGACUAAGACAUCUUUUGCUGAUUAUACUGUAACAUAUGCGGACCAGCCAGCAAAUUUUUGGUUUGUGGUCUUCAGAGAGGUGUUUUAUGUUCCAGAAGAUAUGAUCAUAGCAGCAAAGUUUUAUUCUUCCAUACCUACAUGCGCAUUGCAUGUCGUAGACAAUGAUACAUUAGAAGAAAUGCCUCGGAUCUUUCUCAGGGUUGCACCCCAUCUUUAUACAAAGAAUAAGAGAGGAUAUACUUUUAUGGCUGAAGUUCAAACUGGUGAGUCACCAGUGUUGGCUGGGAAAUGGAGGCUUCGACUCAUAGGUUCCUACAGUCCCCUUCCAGUUCUUUCUCGUGAGACUAUAAACAAUGUAUAUUCCAUUAAAGAAGUUAAGGACUAUUAUGUACCAAAUGCUAAGAAUAUUAUAUUCAGGUAUGCAGUAAAAGUAACAACACCACUUAUGGCUACUGUGCAAGUACAGACCUCCAAGCCAGAUGUAAUCAUUAAAGUGCAAGUUCUGGACUCUGAGGAAGAAAUGGUGCACUCUGUUGGGAAGGGUCAUGCUGUUGUCCCUGCAUUUUAUUUCAUAUCUAAUGAGCGGCCUCUAAGUAGCAUGUCAACAUCAAGUAAAGGUGGAGUUGCCCAAAGCACUCCCAAAAAGGAACCUGAAGUAGUUGCAGUCUCUAAGAAAAAAGGUACUGUGGCAGCUCAGAAGAAUGUCAAGUCUGCAGCCAAGAUGUCACAGGAAGGCCCAACUUCAACAGAAGAAGAAACUAUUGUUACCCCUGUUCUUGAUGAAAAUUUAUUUCAGCAGCCUCACAAGUAUAUUAUACAAGCCUCCGUGUUGCAUAAUAGUUGGCCACUUACUGAGAACCAAUUGGUAUUUGUUCAGGCACUGAGAGAACUGGAAAAAAAUGAAAUCAAAGCACGUCCUACUGAAAAACAUGAAGAAAGUGUAAGUGUCCUAAGUCCAGACAUUCACAGCAACAUGGAAGGGCAAAAAUCUGCAGGCUCUUCCAAAGGAGGUCGAAAAGUGAAGGAGAAAACAACUGAGAAGGCAGAAAAAGCUGCUAAAGAAAAACCCGUAACUGUUGUUAGGCCCGAAUCACAGCAAUCUGAUCCUAACAAACCCUCCUGGAUCUUACGUCUAGUCGUUGAACAAAAUGAAAUAGAAGCACUGGAUUUGAGGAAAGACACUGAGAGAGCAGAUGAGAUCAAAGCUAUGAAGCAAGCAUGGGAGGCUGCGGAGCCAGGGAGAGCUGUUAAGGCUGUUCAGGAGCGCAUGCAGUUUAUUAAUAAAUGUGCGCGGAAAGGUUUUGUUGCGUCUGAGGCCGACAGUGUCAGCACUAGAGUGAGUCCAGGAGAAACAGGGACUGCUUCUCCCGUUUCUGAACUAGUGGUGUCCCCCGCUGGAGUAGUUGCUGAAACGCAGCGGAAGGAAUUCGCUUUAGACCUCUCUCCCUAUAUUAGAAAAACAUUACCUGAACCUGUCUUGAAAAAUGAAGCUAUUAUUCAAGAGCAAGAGAUGCGUAAGGCAGAAGAAAUAAAUCAUUUUAGACAAUUUCGAGAGAUGGUUGGAGAACACAGAGGGCAAGAACACACGGCUAGGAAUCGGUUGAAGCAAAAUGUACUUGAUAUGUAUGACAAUCUUCAGGCAUCCUUAGAUGAAGCACGAGGCAGGGUGCUCAGCGUCCGGGAAGCAUACAGAGCUAAGCUAUUAGAAGCUGAGCGCUUAAGAUUAGAAGCACUAGCAGCUGAAGAAGCCGCUCUUCGAGCAGAGCAAGAAAAGAAAACCCCAGAUGUGCAGAAGAAGAAAAAGGGAGGAGGAAAAGGAGGAAAAGGAGGGAAGAAAAAGUAAAUUUGCUUGAAAUAGAAGCUGGGUAAACCUCCUUACUGGUCAGAAAAGAGCACCAGUUUUUGCAGUAUUUUGGAAUGCAAUUCUAUCUUUUUUCCUAGUGUUAUUUUUGAAAUCCAUUUAUAAUCUUUAAAUGAUAUUGAUUUUAAAAUUGAUUUUAUAAUUGUAAUUGUAUGCCAUUACUUUGGCAUUAUAUUUUUAUGCUUUAAUUGCAAUAAAUGUUUGCAACAAAAUUACCAAUAUGCAUUUCAGUAUUGUCAGACAGUUUUUAGAAUAAACGAACAUCUAAACCAAGGAAGUCUUGUGGAAUGGAGUGGAGAGUUACCUUGGUACCAUCCUCAACUAUUCUGCUGGGUGAAGAGGUGGUGAUACAAGUAAAAAAAAUCCUGAAAAAGAAAUUUCUGUGCAAACUUGACCACGUGCCUGCUUCUGAUUGCCAUUUUGCUAUAUAUUUAUGGAUUUUAUGAAGUGCAAUAACAGCUCUAGAACCCCUUGUUGUAGAAGUAACUAUUGGGGGAGGGGGAAAGGAUAUAUGAAUCUAGACACACAAACUACAAAGUACAUAACACAGCAGAGGAACGCUAAAAUAUUCUUAGGAAUCUCAAUAUUAGUAUUUUGGGCUGUCUUUGUUCUUUACCUUUUCUAGUGAAGAGAGAGAGUUUGUGAAAGGUUAUGCCUAGCAUUACAAAAAAAUGACAAAAGAUAAGGAUGCCUCAUUCUCAUGUGUGAUAACUAAAGGAAUGUUUACAAAUUAUGCUCGGAACAUUGUUCAAUGAUAUAUUUUUAUCAACUUACUUUCAAUUCUCAAGGAGCUAGUUUCAUCACAUGACCUAUCAUUUUUCAUUCUUGUUUACUUCUUUAGCAACUGAGAGUAUUGUUCUGAGAUUAGCUUGAACAAAUGCUCUGCAAAAUCCUGACAUUUAAAUUAUAAGGAUGGCAAGAUAAAUAAUUUUGCUUGGUAGAAAUGCAGCAGACUAAUCUGUGAAUCCAAUUUCCUUUAAUGACACAGGUAUUAGAUCCCAGAACCUUUCUCACACUACCAGGCAUUGCUUAUUGGCAGUGUGUCCUAGCCCACAUAGGCGUGCGCUGACUAAUCUCAUCCUGUGGCAUUGCAUCUGCACUGGCCUUUGUUUUGUCCAGCUGGAAGAUGUUUCUCCCAUAAGCACCCUAGCUGGAUGAUGAAUAGAAAGAAAAGGAAGCAACAAAAUACUUUUUGUCCAGGAAAACACUCCAUUCUAUUACUCCAAGUAGGAAAAUUUGUUGCUUAGAAAUAAAUACUGGGAGAUUGGCAAUCAUAGGUGGUGAGUGUUUUGCAGGCUGGGAUGGUAAAUAACUUCUGAAAUUGGGUUGGCUCGGGAAAGAAGCUAAGGUAUUUCAAUUCUGUAAAGUAGUUUGACUACCGUAAUUUUCCAAGUCAGUCUGAUGUUGGCUGAUGGGAAAUCGCCCAUCACUACUCAGCACUCACUUUCCUGAAAAGUCUUUACUGAAAUUCACCUUAUAGCUCCUCUGCUACAUCCUCUCUGUCACCAGUGUAUUUCUCAAAGUUAAUACCUUAUUUGCCAUCCCUAUUUUCUCCAUCCGUCCUCUGUGAAUGGCCGCAUGUGAAAGCCAAGGAAGUCUUCCCCCAUGCACACAAUAGCAAUACCAUUUGCACAAGCACUGCAUAUUUGUCAAGCAUCUUUUUCAAGACUUUAGAGAAGUUCUGUGGCAACAAUAUUGAGGCUGGUGCAUUGCUUGCCUGUAAUCUCUCUUCUCUAAUCAGCAGUAACUGUUGUGUUUUAAGCUAAGGGCCAAAGUCCAGCUCUAAGGUUCAACAACAUUAUCAGCACAGAUAAUCUGAUUUUAAGCAGCUGCUUGUGAAUUGAGAAUUCUAGUACUCUCCUGGCCUUUGAUAGUUGUGUGUAGCAGUCCUGUAACUACACCAAGCCCCUAUUUUUUUACUCAUGUUCUACUGAUGGAGGCUGGGCCCCAUAGUACUUAUCAUUUUCUCCUUUUGAUUGCUUGCUUGCUUGCUUGCUUGUGGUGUUUCAAAGGAGGUCAGGGGUGAUUAACAUGGCUUCUCCCUCACUACCCUUCUAAUACAUCACGUUUGCAUUCUGAACCAACACUAUGGAAUCUUGGUACUUAAUAAAUAUUAACUAGUAGCAGUAGCAAGAGUGUUGUGAAACCCUUGCUUCCUGCAGCAUUACUGUGGUAUCUUGGUUCUCGAAUGGCUUGGCCCCCGAACAUAUCGGGUCCCGAACGCCGCAAACCCGGAAGUAAGUGUU